AUGGGCUCCACGAAACAGCUUCAAACUUGGUGGAAAGAGAGUUCGGUGUAUCAAGUAUAUCCUGCAUCCUUUCAAGAUACCACAGGCUCGGGAACCGGCGAUCUCAAAGGCAUCAUUUCACGCGUAGACUAUCUCAAAGACCUCGGCGUGGAUAUAGUAUGGCUGUCACCAAUAUUUGCGAGUCCUCAAAAAGACAUGGGAUACGACAUCAGUGACUAUAGAAUGAUUGAUCCCAUCUAUGGAGAUAUUGAUGACGUUGAUACGCUGAAAGACAAGCUCCAUGAACGGGGGAUGAAGCUUGUGCUAGAUCUGGUUGUCAACCAUACGAGCGAUCAGCACGAAUGGUUCAAAGAAUCAAGAAAGUCAAAGGACAACCCUUUCAGGGAUUGGUACAUCUGGCGUCCACCUAAAUAUGAUGCUCAAGGCAAUCGACAGCCCCCAAACAAUUGGGAAAGUCACUUCCAAGGCAGCGCCUGGGAGUAUGACGAACAAACGGACGAAUACUACUUGCGCCUGUUCUGCAGAGAGCAGCCCGAUCUCAACUGGGAAAACCCGGACGUGCGCAAGGCGGUCCAUGAGGUUAUGCGCUUCUGGCUCGAUCGAGGAAUAGACGGCUUCCGGAUGGAUGUCAUCAACUUCAUCAGCAAAGACCAACGCUUCCCAGACUCUGACACAGUGGUAUGCCGAGGCCAUGAAUACUACGCUUGCGGACCUAGAUUGCAUGAAUACUUGAAAGAUCUCGGCGCUAUUCUUAAAGAGUACGAUGCAUUCAAUGUGGGAGAAAUGCCAUGCGUGCAGGAUCAGAAUGAGCUCAUCAAGGCUGUGGGCGCGGACCGAGGAGAACUCAACAUGAUUUUCCACUUUGAACACAUGGAUCUUGACUACGGCCCAAAAGGAAAGUUCUCUCCCGGGACAUGGACUCUCGCAAAGCUAAAGACAGUCGUCAACAAAUGGCAAAAGUUCAUGUACGAAAACAAUGGAUGGAACGCCCUCUACCUGGAAAACCACGACCAGCCGCGAGUCGUCAGCCGCUUCGCAUACGAUGACCCUCAGCAUCGCGAGGCCAGUGCAAAGCUCAUUGCCGUAUUUCAUGUUUUUCAGGCGGGCACGCCAUUUAUAUACCAGGGACAGGAAAUCGGCAUGACGAAUGUUCCCAAGGAGUGGCCGAUCGAGGAGUAUAAAGAUAUUGAUUGUGUUAAUCACUGGAAUUUAUACAAGGAUACCGCAGACGAAGAAACCAAACGGCUCGUCAAGGCGGAAUACCAAAAGAAAUCGCGCGACAACGCCCGAACGCCGAUGCAAUGGGACUCAACCCCCCAAGCCGGCUUCACGUCCAGCAACACCCCCUGGAUGCGCGUCAACGACAACUACAAAGCCGUCAACGCCGCCUCCCAGACCGGCAACCCGCAGUCCGUCUACCACACGUACCGCCAGGUCCUGCAGCUACGCAAAGAGUACAAGAAUAUUUUCGUCUACGGCAAGUUUGAGCUCGUCGACGAAGCUAAUGAGCGCGUGUUUGCGUACAAGAGAGAAAACCUAGGGGAGAUUGUGCUCGUCGUGUGCAACUUUUCGCUCGACGAGGUGACGUGGAAGGUUGAUGAUCUGCCUCGAGAUGUGCUCUUUAGCACGCAUGAUAAGACGGUUGGUGAUAUCAAAAACGGCCAGAUAUCGCUGGCUCCGUGUGAAGCGCUGGUGCUGCAUGUGUUCCCUGACUUUACCGGGUUUACAUAUGGGUAUACAAAGAAGAAUUAG